UCGGACCAGGUCACUAGGGGCAGAGCAGUCUGCUGGCCUCCAUGGGGAGUGGCCGUAGGAGGAGUUUGCCGAGGAAACGGUAAAUGGUCUAGGCCCUGCAUUAGGAGGCGCUUCUGGUGUGGUGUUCCGGCAACAAGGACCUCCUCCUGAAGUCUGAGUGAGUAGGGUCAGGACACUGGUUUCGCUUCUCUGGCCGUCUGUGAGGAGUGGUGUGAUUCACACACCAAAUAAAAGGGCAGCGCUGGAAAGCAGAGAGGUGAUUUUCGGAUCUCCGGAUCGCUGUCCUGACGGCUCACAGAGCUUGGCAAGAAGAUUACAGGUGCUGAACAGCAGGGAACGCACCCACUGGCUCCACCUGGCCACCAGCUGAUGCCAAAAGCCCACAGGUCCUGGCCACAGCAGGGACACAGUCAGCUUUCUUCCCAGCACCACCCAGAAAUAGAAAUGAGCUUCCAACCAAAAUUCCAGCCACACUUUGGUACCCCAGGGGGACAAACGAGGUCCCCCCCCAACAGGCAAGGGGGAGAGAAGGACCAAGCUCACCUCAGCAAGAACUUCACCUCCAUGACAUUGAACCCUCAGGCCACAGGAGAAAAUAAGAGCCAACAAGGGACAAAGGGGCCCGAGACCACCCUGUGCAACCAGUAUGAGAUGAAAGUGCGCCCCUGCAUCGACCUCAUCGACUCCCUGCGGGCCCUGGGCGUGGAGCAGGACCUGGCCCUGCCUGCCAUCGCAGUCAUCGGGGACCAGAGCUCGGGCAAGAGCUCUGUGCUGGAGGCUCUGUCGGGCAUCGCCCUCCCCAGAGGCAGCGGAAUCGUAACCAGGUGUCCCCUGGUGCUCAAGAUGAAAAAGCAGUUCUCCAGGGAGACCUCGUGGAAGGGGAAGAUCAGCUACCAGAAUGUGGAGCUCCAGCUUCAACAGCCCUCCCAGGUGGAGAGGGAAAUAGUGAGAGCCCAAAACAUCGUGGCUGGGAGCGGAGUUGGCAUUAGCCACGAGCUCAUCAGUCUGGAGAUCUCCUCCACGGACGUCCCAGAUUUGACGCUCAUCGAUCUUCCCGGCAUCACCAGGUUGCCUGUAGGGGACCAGCCCCCAGACAUUGGGCAGCAGGUCAAAGCACUCAUCAAGAAGUAUAUCCAGAGGCAAGAGACCAUCAACCUGGUGGUGAUCCCCUGUAAUGUGGAUAUCGCCACCACAGAGGCGCUCAGCAUGGCUCAGGAGGUGGAUCCCGAGGGAGACAGGACCAUAGGGAUCCUGACCAAACCAGACCUAGUGGACAAGGGCGCUGAAAAAAAUGUCUUGAAUGUGGUGCAGAACCUCACGUAUAGUCUCAAGAAGGGCUACAUGAUCGUGAAGUGCCGGGGCCAGCAGGACAUCACAGAGAACCUGAGCUUGGCAGAGGCCACCAAGAGAGAGAUGACGUUCUUUCAGUCACAUACGUAUUUCAGGACGCUCCUGCAGGAAGGAAAGGCUACGGUGUCCCGUCUGGCAGAGAGACUCACCACCGAGCUCAUCUCGCACAUCACCAAAUCCCUCCCACUCUUAGAAAAUCAAAUAAGAGUGUGCCUCCAGAGCGCGACGGAGGAGCUGCAGCACUGUGGCGAGAGCAUCCCCACCAAUGAAUCUGAUAUGAUGUUCUUCCUGAUUGAGAAAAUUAAACUAUUUAAUCAGGACAUUGAAAGAUUAGUAGAAGGAGAAGAAGUUGUAAAGGAGGAAGGGACUCGCUUAUUCAACAAACUCAGAGAGGAGUUUAAAAACUGGGCACAUAUACUGGAUAUCAGUACCCAGAACGUUAGUAAGAUUAUCCGUGAACAAGUCUCCAUAUAUGAAAAGCAGUACCGUGGCAAAGAGCUUCAUGGGUUUACUAGCUACAAGACGUUCGAAAUGAUCGUGCAACAGUACAUCGAACAACUGGUAGACCCCGCAGUCAGCAUGCUCCGAACGGUUGUAGAGAUUGUCCGGCAAACUUUUUCUGACACAGUCAAAUAUCAUUUUGGCGAAUUUUUCAACCUUAAUCAAACAGCCCAAAGCAAGGUGGAGGACAUAAAAAUGAAACAAUUGGAAGAAGCAGAAAAUAUAAUCCGCCUUCAGUUCAAGAUGGAGAAGCUCGUUUUUUGUCAAGACCAGAUUUACAGUGUGGUUCUGCAACAAAAGCGGGCACAGGCUUUUAACCCACUGGGAAAUGCUUCCCAGACUCAGGAUCCGGCCACUUUCGCCCUCACCGAGAUCUCGAUGCACCUGAACACGUACUUCUCGGAGACCAGGAACCGUCUUGCCAACCAGAUCCCAUUCAUAAUUCAGUACUUUAUACUCCAAGAGAAUGGCAAUUGCUUGCAGAAAACCAUGUUGCAGAUACUACAGGAAAAAGAGCGCUAUUCCUGGCUGCUUCAGGAGCAGAAUGACACUGCUCACAAGAGGAGAGUCCUUAAGGAGAAAAUUUACCGGCUCACGCAGGCGCGGCGCGCUCUCUGUAAACUCUCCUAUUAAAGGGCAUGGAUAGAUGGAAAUGCAACAAUACUCUGGGGUUUUAUCUCAAGUAUGUUUGCUGUGAGGAGAGGCGGUGCAGGAACUGGCCUCUCAUCUGGGGCGAGCCUUUUCUGUUACUGUCUGUCUGCCUUCGCUAUGCUGUACUCAGCAUCAGGGUUUAGAUCUGAAGUCCACGGCCUCCGGUCAUAGCUUUCUUAAUUCCUGCUGUCAUUCUUUGUUAAUUUGUCUCCCCCUACCCAUCAGAUUAGGAGACCCCAGAGGGGGAAGGUCUGUGUUAUAGUCGUCUUCUGUAUUUCCAGAAUCUUGCAUGGCACCUGGGAUAUAGUAGCCACUCAAUAGAUGAUGUCUCAUUGAACAAAUGAAAGGUGGAGAUUACCGGAGGCCAUGGCUUAAGUCAACCUUUGGUUGCUGGGGAUGGUGUCCCUUAGCUGGUCACUUUCAGAUGCAUGAGGUCAUGCCAGCUGCCAUGAUUAUGUUUCCCAAACCCGCAGAGAGAAUCCGUUCUGAAUGAUACUAUUAUUAAUGUAUAGUUUUUCCCUAGUUGUGACAAGUUCCCAUUGCUAUAUUUGUUUUUUGUUUUUACUUUUUUAUUGACCUUAUUGGGGUCACAUUGGUUUUAUGUUAAAUCUUAAAGGAAAAUUAAUAAUAAAAACAUUGUUUAGAGAAAAAUAUAGGGCUCCACACCAGUGACCAUGUCUAGAUUGGAGGGUUAUGACUAAUUUUAUUUCCUUUUUCACACCAAGUGAUACCUAUCGGAUACAAAGUUUAGGAGGGCUAUGUGGAACCAUUUCUAAAAACUACCUGACCCAGAGCAUGUAUUCAGAAAGGCCAUCGAUUCUUCCCUCCAUCAAAGACGUCUUUUUUUUCUUUACCUCUAGGUCAAUAGGGCAGCCUUCACUCCUGAAGUUCUUCAGCCAGCUCUUAGUUCUUGGGUACUCUUUGAGUCAAUUUUGUAUAUGGUGUUAGAUAAGAGUCCAAUUUCAUUCUUUUGCUUUCCCCACUCCAUUUGUUCCCCAGCUCCAUUUGUUGAGAAAACUCUCCUUUCCGUCAUGGCCUUGAUGCUCUUGUCAAAAAUAAUUUGACCAUAUGCGCAAAGGUUUAUUUGUGGACUCUCCAUUGGUCUGCGUGUCUGUCCGUAUACCAGUACCACAGUGUGGGUAGCUGCAGCUUUGUAGGAAGCUUUGAAACUGGAAGUGUGAGCCCUUCGGCUUUAUCCAUCUUUUUCAGAACUGUUUGGGCUAUGUGUGGUCCCUUAAGAUUGCAUAUGAAUUUUAGGAUGGGUUUUCUCUUUUUCCUCUCUGCAAAAAAAUGUCGUUGGAAUUUGAUAGAAAGUGCAUUAAAUCCAUAGAUUGCUUUGGGUAGUAUUUGCAUCUUCACAAUAUUAAGUCUUCCAUUCCAUAAACACAGAAUGUCUUUCCAUUUCUUUAUGUCUGUUUUAAUUUCUUUAGGCAAUGUUUUAUAGUUUUUACUGUACACGUCUUUCACUUUGUUGGUUGUUAGUUCCUAACUAUUAUAUUCCUUUUGAUGCUAUU